AAGGGAACACGCGUCGAGUCGACGAAUUACGAUCCAACAACGAUGUGGAAUUGUGGAGUACAAAUGUGUGCCUUAAAUUAUCAAACUUCUGAUCGACCUAUGCAACUAAAUCACGGAAGGUUCAUGGAUAACGGAGGAUGUGGUUAUGUAUUAAAGCCAGACUGCAUGAGUUUAGAAAAUUUCGAUCCAUACAAUACAAGCUUACUAAAAAGCGUCAAACCUGUCACCAUUAGUUUAACGAUAAUCUCUGGUCGACAUUUACCGAAGAUAGCUCGAGGUGUCACGUCACCGUUCGUCGAAGUGGAAAUCGUUGGAGCUCAAUAUGACACACAGAAAUGUAGAACUAAAACACAAGAUGUCAACGGUUUGAACCCAGUCUUCAACAUGCACACUGAAUUCGACGUGCUUUGUCCCCCCCUGGCUUACAUUCGAUUCGCCGUUUAUGACGAAGACAUGUUCGGUGAUCCCAACUUUGUUGCCCAAGCCGUGUUUCCACUUGGGAGCCUACGAUUGGGUUACAGAUCAGUACCAUUGAAAAAUGCUUAUAAUGAAGACUUGGAGAUGAGCGCGUUAUUGAUCCAUUUGGAUAUGUUCAUGGAUGAAGACGAAGAAGUUUAUACUAACAUUCAUGAUCUACGAAGCCAAAUGCAACAGAUCACGACGAGAAUAGGCCAAGAAGCCUCGCACAUUAAUAAUUCCGAAGAGUCCUUGGAGCUAUCAACUAUGAAAAUGUUGGACAAUGAAUUCCGUGAAAAACAAAUACAACUCAGGACACUGCUUGCAAAAAGGACAGCGAAGAAUCGUGGGGAGAAACAAAUGAAGACGAAGUCAAUGUAACGUCAAUGGGGAAAAAUAACGUAUUUUAUAUCGUGUCGUGCUUGUAAAGUUUAAAAUGCAAUUUUUUAAUAUUUAUUGAACGUCCAGCUCAUAGUCGUAGUUAGAUUUUGAAUAUUUCAAUGAUUGAUUAAUCUGAAUUGAUUUGUCUGAA